AUGGCAGCUGCUGCAGCGGCUGCUGUUCUGUCUAGUGGCCGGUUCUAUGCUCUGAUCGGUUUCGAGAUCCAUGUUAAACUUGCAACAACUACAAAAAUGUUCUCGUCUUCAUCAUCGGCGCCGGCACAAGCAACGAAUAGUCAAGUUACGCCUCACGAUAUGGCAUUGCCAGGUUCGAUGCCGUACUUCAAUCGUGCUUGUUUGGAAGCUGGUGUGCGUGCCGCUCUUGGUCUCAAUUGUCAAAUCAAUAAAGCCUCGCAUUUUGAACGGAAACAUUACUUCUACCCUGACUCACCAUCGGGCUAUCAAAUAACACAACAACGAUUUCCGUUCGCAUCCAAUGGCGUUUUCAAAUAUCCGUUACUAGUGAAAAGGGAUAAACUUAAAUCUUCGACGAAAUAUAAAUUCGUCGACACUCCAAAAUCAUUUGUUCUUAAGCAAUGUCGUAUUGAGCGUAUUCAACUAGAACAUGAUACUGGAAGAAGUAUUCAUGAUGAACCUCAACACUGUACUUUGAUUGACUUGAAUCGUUGUGGAACGGGCCUAAUUGAGAUUGUUACUAAGCCGGAUAUUCAAUCAAGUUUGGAAGGUGAAUCGUUUCUACGUGAAUUAAAUCGUUUGCUAUUGAAGUAUGGUAUCUGUGAAACAAGUGGCUUGGAAACGGCGCUUCGUAUCGAUGCGAAUGUUAGUUUACACCGUACUGAUACGAAACCCGAUGGGAGUCGUGUGGAAAUAAAAAAUCUCGGAAGUUUUAUCGAUGUUCGACAAGCCAUUGACUUCGAAAUCAAACGGCAGGAACAAAUUUUAAGCGCUAAUUCUUCCAUUGAAAAAGAAACACGAACGUACGAUACGAAUAAACAUCAAACUAUACAUCUACGACGUAAAGAAGAUCAAAUUGAUUACCGAUUUAUGAUUGAACCCAAUCUACCGCCACUAUACUUGUACGAUGAUAGUGAUAAACACAAAUAUCAAAAAGAUUUAGUUAAUAUCGAUGAAAUCAAACGAGAUCUACCAAUUUCUCCAUUAGAAGAACGAAAAGAAAUCCUAGAGAAAUACAAAGACUUUCUUACCGCUGAACACCUAAACGAAUUACUUCGACUUGAUAUGAAUGAUUAUUUCUGUGAUGUUAUGAGCCAACUUGACAAUAAUCAUCUCCGUCACAUUGCCUUAGAAGUUCUACUAAACGAUGUCAAGUCUAUCUCCUUCGAUGGUCGUAAAAUUCGCAAGUUUGCGCAAGCUGUAUCUCCAUCUCUCUUUGCCGAUAUCAUCAAUCAUGUGGACCAACGUAUCAUUACACGUUUUUCACUGUACACAUUAUUAACUCUAUGCAACAAAAAUCGAGAUUCUACUCGAACGUUGAAAUCCUUUCUUGACGAACAUAAUAUGUAUGCAAUCAACGAUCAAAACCAAAUGGAACAGAUUUGUUCGAAAGCUCUCGAAGAAAAUCCCAAACAAAUCGUUCGAUAUCAAACCAAUCCGAAAAAAGCUAUAGAACAGUUACAUGCCAGUGUUUGUAAAAAAUAUCAUGGACGUAUGCACGAUGAUUUAGUUGACGAAACAUUUAGAAAGUUAUUGGAGGAAAAGAAAGUCUAG